CCAACAACGACCUUCAGGGCCAUGACCAUCCCCUCCAACCCAACCUCUGCCGCAUUUUCCAAGGCCUUAGAAAUCAAGAAAAGCCUUCUUCAAGGCUUCAACUCCUUCAAACACCUCAAGCAUGUCCACGCCCGCCUUCUCCGCCUCGGCCUCGACCAAGACUACUACCUCGUCAACAUGUUCUUGCGUCAGGGCUUGCAUUUUGGUGAUACCCAUUACUCGCGGCUCGUCUUCGAGCAAGCCAGAGAACCCAACAUUUUUCUCUGGAACACGAUGAUCCGGGGCUUGGUUUCCAAUGAGUGCUUUUACGAUGCCACUGAAUACUAUUGUUUGAUGCGGAGAGAGGGUUUCUCGCCCAACUGUUUUACUUUCCCUUUUGUUCUCAAGGCCUGCGCGAGGCUUUUGGAUUUUCAACUGGGUUUGAAGAUUCAUACCCUUGUGGUAAAAGAGGGGUUUGACGACAAUGUCUACGUGAAGACUAGUUUGCUUUGCUUGUAUGCUAGUUGCGGCUCUCUGGGACAUGCACGUAAAGUGUUUGAUGAUAUUCCGGAGAAGAAUGUUGUGUCUUGGACUGCAAUCAUUAGCGGGUACAUUGGUGUUGGUCAGUAUAGAGAAGCCAUUGACAUGUUUCGGAUAUUGCCGGAGAUGGGUUUGAGGCCUGACAGUUUUACUAUUGUUAGGGUCUUGUCUGCUUGUACUCAGCUAGGGGACUUAAGAAGUGGAGUGUGGAUAGAUGGAUACAUGGCAAAGAUUGGUAUGGAGAGGAAUGUUUUUGUGGCUACUUCUUUGGUGGACAUGUAUGCCAAGUGUGGUAACAUGGAGAAAGCCCUGUCUGUCUUCGACGGGAUGGUUGAGAAGGAUAUAGUUACUUGGAGUACCAUGAUUCAGAAUUAUGCUUUGAAUGGGCACCCUAGAGAAGCUCUGGACCUUUUCUUCAAGAUGCAGGGAGAAAAUUUGGAACCUGAUCGUUAUGUAAUGGUUGGAGUGCUUUCUGCUUGUGGGAGGUUAGGAGCGCUCGAGUUAGGGGACUGGGCUAGUCAGAUGAUGGAUAGAAAUGAGUUUUUGGCGAACGCGGUUCUUGGUACAGCGUUGAUUGAUAUGUAUGCAAAAUGUGGGAGCAUGGUUCAAGGCUGGGAAGUCUUCAAAGAGAUGAAGGAAAAAGACAGAGUUGUCUGGAAUGCCAUCAUAUCCGGGCUUGCUAUGAAUGGACAUGUCAAGGCUGCAUUUGGACUGUUUGGCCAAAUCGAGAAAAUUGGGAUUCAACCUGAUGGAAACACUUUCAUUGGCCUUCUCUGUGGGUGUACCCAUGCUGGUCUAGUUGAUGAUGGUCGUCGAUAUUUCGAUAGCAUGAACCGCGUCUUUUCCUUGACUCCUACAAUUGAGCAUUAUGGAUGUAUGGUGGAUCUUCUUGGCCGUGCAGGUUUAUUAGAUGAAGCUCAUCAGUUGAUAAAAGGUAUGCCCAUGGAGGCGAAUGCCAUUGUAUGGGGAGCCUUGUUGAAUGGAUGUAGGCUGCAUCGAGACACCGUGCUGGCCGAACACAUACUGAAGAAACUCAUUGAGUUAGAACCAUGGAACUCGGGAAAUUAUGUUCUCUUAUCAAAUAUUUAUUCAGCAAGCCAUAGAUGGGAGGAAGCAGCAAAACUUAGGUCAAGCAUGAAUGAUAAUGGCAUCCAAAAGAUACCAGGGUGUAGUUGGAUUGAAGUAGAUGGGGUUGUUCAUGAAUUUCUUGUGGGAGACAAGUCCCACCCCUUAUCAAAAAAGAUAUAUGCAAAGCUUGAAGAAUUAGCUAUGGAACUGAAAGCAGCUGGCUACAUUCCAGGUACAGAUUUUGUUCUGUUUGACAUUGAAGAGGAGGAAAAGGAGCAUUUCCUUGGCUGUCAUAGUGAGAAGCUGGCUAUUGCAUUUGGUCUAAUCAGUACUUCUCCAAAAGAUGUGAUUCGAGUUGUUAAAAAUCUUCGUGUCUGUGGUGAUUGCCAUGAUGCCAUCAAGCUGAUUUCGAAAUUCACAGGAAGAGAGAUAAUUGUUCGGGAUAAUAAUCGAUUUCAUAGUUUUAUUGACGGUUCAUGUUCGUGUAGAGAUUACUGGUGAGACUAAACCUCUUUGUAUUUCCUCAAAGAUGUAAAUUUGUUACAUUCACCAACGAGAGGUAAAAACUUCUCACUGUAUUGCUUUGUCAAAAGAUAGGCAUAUAGAUUAUACAAUUUUUUGAAUGAUUCAUAAUGUGGGUGGAGUCUGUUACUCUAAUACUUGCAUAGGAUUUGUACAAGAAACAGAGUAUCACAAACAUUUGACCUGACCCAGCUGAACAACCGAGUAAUUUGAUUGGGAAAAAAAGG